AUGGCAUUCAAGUUAAUCGCUCUCUCAGCUCUCUUGGCGAUAGCCCAUGCUGGCGGACCAGCCGCAUAUGACAUCGCCACGGCAUCGGCCGAUCUUAGUAGCAUAGGCUACAGCCAGGAAUCUACGCAGAAGGGCUAUGCAGGACAGAAUGUCGUGUCGAGUUACUCGAGGGCUGAAGACUCCGCACACUCUUCGGUACGCGUCAGUAACAGCCACGUUACCAACGAUGCUUUGACUUACGCAGCAGCACCAGCAGCAGUGAUCGCUAAGCCAGCUUAUACCGCGGCUACUUAUGCUGCUCCUGUAGUGACCAAAGCCGCACUUGCACCAGCGACUUAUACGACUUAUACCUCGCACGCUGCACCAGCGACUUACACGACUUAUGCCGCACAUGCUACUCCUGUAUUGGCUAAGACAGCUUAUGCUGCUGCUCCAGCUUAUGGAUAUACUGCCCAUGCUGCCCCAGUAUUGGCUUCGCAGCUCCAUGCUACAGCUCCAAUCUACAGUUACGCUGCUCAUUCUGCUCCUGUCGUCACCAAAACUGCCUACGGCACCUCUGCCUACGGAUAUACCUCACCACUUGUAGCUAAGACUACCUAUGCAGCUGCUCCUCUUGUAACAAAAGCAGCCGUAACUGCCCCAGCCGUAGUCGCUAAGGCUACUUAUGCCGCACCAGCCUACGCAGCAACCACUUACGGAUACGCCGCACACGCUACUCCAGUCCUUGCCAAGGCUACUUACGCUGCUCCUGUUGCUCACGUCGCCGCUACCCCUGUUCUCGCCAAAACUGCACCUGCCUACGGUUAUGCUGCUGAAUACGCCGCCCCCGUCGUACAUGCCACCUUCACCGGAUUAGGCACUAGCUAUGCAUGGUAA